CUGUUUGAGUCGUCAAGCUAAUAUUUAUGGCCCAGGCCAGGAUGCAUGUCCCGUUCGGUCCUACUAUGAAAAAUACAUGUAUCCAGAAAUGACUGGUGGGGAUGGUAAACGGGAGAAAGCAGCCAGACAGUUCAGCAUUUGCAGAAGAUGAGAGGUGGAGUGGAGUGGAAUGGAAUGUGUUACGAGAUACCAUUAAGCUAACUAACGUAAGGUAGCUAAAUUAGGUACAAAAAUUUAAAACGAGCAUAUUCUCUCUUAACACCGCGAUGGCUGGAAUAAUCAAGAAGCAAAUAUUGAAACAUUUGUCCAGGUUCACCAAGAACCUGUCCCCAGACAAGAUCAACCUGAGCACAUUGAAGGGGGAAGGCCAGCUGUCUAAUCUGGAGCUUGAUGAGGAGGUACUGCAGAACAUGCUGGAUCUGCCCACCUGGUUGGCUGUCACCCGUGUCUACUGCAACAAGGCUGCAAUUAGGAUACAAUGGACGAAGUUGAAGACCAGUCCUAUCUGCCUGUUCCUGGACAAGGUGGAGGUGGAAAUGAGCACAUGUGAGGAGCCCCGCGCACCAAAUGGUCCCUCUCCUAUUGCCAUCACUGCUGGCCAGAGUGAAUACGGCUUUGCUGAGAAGGUGGUGGAGGGUAUGUCUGUCAUCAUCAAUUCCAUCACCAUUAAGGUGCAGUCCCGUGCCUUCCACGCCUCUUUUGAGCUCUGGCAACUCCAGGGCAACAGUCUCAACCCCAAAUGGCAAAAGACUGACCUUCGCUACACCCGCAUCACCGACCCUAAGAGGGGAGAGGUGUUGACGUUUAAGGAGAUCAACUGGCAGAGUCUGCGGAUUGAAGCUGAUGCCAUAGAGAGUGAGGACCAGGAUCUGGGCAGUACCCCAAUACGCCUCAUUACUAAUCAGGGACGCAUCCGCAUUGCUCUGAAGCGUAGGGUGAAGGACUGUAAUGUACUAGCCUCUAAGCUGCUCUUCAUCCUGGAUGACUUGCUGUGGGUGCUAACAGACUCUCAGCUCAAAGCUGUCAUCCACUACGCCAAGUCCCUGAGUGAGGUCAUGGAAAAGUCUGCCCAGCAGAGGAAGAGCAUGGCUGCAGAGUCUCUGCAGACCGCCCCCCCGUCCCCUGGUAUCCACAAUCUGUGGACUAACUCUUCAGCCCCUGCCAGUGGGGGCGUACCCAGUACGCUGGACCAGUAUUUUGAUCAACACGACGUCAAAGAGUCCUCCUACCACACAUUCAUCUCUCGCCUAGACCUGCACAUAUGCAACGACAGCUCCUCCGCAGACCCUGAUGAACCUCCAGCUCCAGGUUCCCAGGGUGCAAUGCAGCUGACCUUCCGCAAGCUGGGUUUUGACUACUAUCCCAUCCAUCGGCCUGGUGAUGGCUGUCAGCACUGGGAGCGUCACUGUGGGGCAAUGGAGGUACGAGCCCAGUGGGCUGGCAGAAUACUGCAGGACCUCCAGAGGAGGGUGGAGGUAUCAGGUAUACCUGGUCCACACUCUGAGCUCCACAACCAGGCCAAGGACUCCCCCGUGAAGAGGGCGCACGAUGGGCAGCCCACCCCCAAAUCCAGUCCCCCAGAAAGGAAUCAGAGCUCCACGAAGAACUCAAAGGUAUCUCCUCCCCAAGGGAACGUUCUGAAGAGACUCCGCUCAAGCUGUGUGGUGGUACGAAUUGACGACCUAGAUAUCCAUCAGGUGUCUACAGGGGGCCGCCACAGCAAGAAGACCCAGUCUUUAUUAUCUUGUAACCGCAAGGCACUGAAUCUAGCAGAUAAUGUUCCUGCCAUCCACCUGCAGUUCACAGAGUAUUACUUUCCUGACAAUCCCGGCUUGCCUGUCCCCAACACUAACCUGUAUGCCCAGCUGAACGGCCUGCUGCUGCGCCUGGACCCAGCCAGUCUGCUGUGGGUCAACCUGUUCUCUAGAGGCUUGCUACAGACCCUGGAGCAGGUCAAAGCCUUCUACCACCUCCAGGACAGCAGCAAGGCCGAGGAGCAUGUGGACAUCCGUGUGGACGCAGCACAGAUUAAGCUCAUCAUUCCCCUAGAGUCCACCAUCAUGGACCACCAGGACCGGCCCCGCUCCCUGAGCGUCAUCCUCCCCCAGACAGUCCUCAGCAAUACCCGCCACUCCCCCAGCGGCACCCGGGCCGACCUCAGCGCCACCUACAGCAGCUUCUCCGCCUGCCCCUUCUUUCAGUCCACUCCCCCCUGCUCCUUCCCCCGAGACCAGAGCACCUUCCUCCCCCUGCCCUCUGCCUUCCUCCAGCACUCCCUGGAGGUGGAGCCUGGGUCCGAGAGAAGGCCUCUCAAGGCCCUGGAUGUCUGGUCCCUGAGUCUCUGCCGCCUGUCCAUGAGCUUUGAUGGGGCGCGGAAAAGCAACAAGGGCAGAGCUCACCCCUUUCUGGAGCCUUUCACCAUGUCUGUGUGGAUGUGUCGUCCUUCUGCAUUCAAGGGUGCGUCCCUGGUCUCGUCUCCUGGUGACACAGCUCCCAUGCAGUCAAACCAUGUGUCCUCAGCGCAGGACAACCACAACCAGGAAAGGAAGGAUGAGCCUCCAGCAGCCUCCAUCCACUUCCUGGCCCAGGCCAUUACACCGGUCAGGGUGUGGCUCAACCACUACCAGUACGUGGCCCUGCUGCGGCUGAAGGACACCCUGGCCAGGCUGGGGGGCGAGCUGGGCCGGGACAUCAGGGAUGCCAAGCAGGCCCGGGGCCAGAAGGCGGACCCGCCGACCGUGUGCCUGGCCCUCCUGAUGGACUCUGUUGAGCUGGGCCUGCUGCUGCCACCCGCCGCCACCGAGCCUGAGGAGGAAGCUCACACCCUGGGGUCCGACAGCGCCAGCCUCACAGACCCGGACCUCUCCCCCAUUCACCAGGCUACCUCGCCAGGCCCUCUAGAGGACAGCGGGAUUGGAAAUGGACCUGCCACUGUCAACAGCUCCCCCCCCCCUGACCAGGAGGUGGAUGGUGUGGUGGAGGAGGCAUGUGAGGCAGUAGAAGGUAUGGAGGGGGAGGCGACCCAGAAGGACGGCGUAGGUCUUGUCCCCUCUCCUCCCUUCUCCCCUGAACACCAUCCCGCCCUCAUGUCCAGGGACCCGUCCACCUUCAGCUUGGAGGGAGAGCUGUCCAGCGCCCUCACCGCCACUAAGGACGUCACUAAAGAUGCCAUAAGUGCCUCCCUGGACCUGACUAAAGGGGCGUUCUCCAUCACAAAAGAUGCCUUUAGCUUCAUGAGUCGCGGGUCGGGGAUGAGCAAGCUGUUCUCUCCACAGGCCAAGGAGCAGCGGCCUGAGGAGGCGUCCCCCUUGGCCAGUCUGAGGCUCCAGUCCAUGAAGCAGUCUCUCUCCCAGCACUCAUUUGACAGCGCCAUCCUGGAUGGAAGUCUGCCUGAUGACCAUCUCUCAGUGGACAGUGACAUCAGCGAGAAUUUUGUCCUCCUCAUGGAUGGUAACUCCCCAAAAAUACAAUCAGUCUCUUCAACACCAUCCACCAUGGACAGCAAAAGGACGUUGUAUCAAAAAAAGUCUGACGUGGAGUCCACGAUGAGACCCAGCAGCACCUCGGGGCCCGUGACCGGCGGAGCCAGUCCUGCCCUGGGGACCGAGGAGGGAUCAUCGGCUGACCUGAGCAGCUCCCUGUCCCAGAGCAUCGAGGACAUCGCUCAAGACGCCGCCUCGGUGUUGUUGCUGCUGCUCAGUGGGACAGCCUGUGUGGUGGAUAUGAAGGGAGGGGACCUGGUGGUGGCAGCGGAGGCCCUGGAUCUCACCCCCCGGCAGAUGGGCAAUGUCAGGGUCUCUGACCUGCUGGCCGGUCUGGUGCCAGCUCCAGGUGGGUCCCACGUGGGCCAGAGACAGGGCUGCGGGGCAGCUCCCGUCGUGGGCAUGCGUGUGGAGAUGGGGCCCUCCGCCGCACGGCACGGGGCCCUGUCUGCGUUGGUGGGUCAUCUGGAGCUGGGCGUGCAGGGCUGUCGGGCGGAGCUCUUGGCCUCUACCCUGGCAACUCUGGGGCCCUUCCUGGAGGACGAGCUCAGCGCUGACAUCCAGCCAAUGAGGAUCCACCUGGACAACGUCACCAUCACUCUGAAGGAUGACGGGCCCAAGGUCUACCCUACAGCCCCCCAGCCCCAACCCGUCACCUUCACCGUGGAGCAGGUGGUCCUGGAGCGCUCUGAUGAUGGCAGGUUAACAAUCAGAGGUGGUGAAGGCCCGGUCUCCAGAGACUAUGCAGAUGGUGCAGUGGUACGGGUCUUGUCAGACACUUCUUGUCCUGUUCGACAACAGCAGGUCUCGAGUCUGUCCCUGGAGUCCCAGCUUUCGGAGGCUCAGUUGGCCCUCUCUCAAGCCCUCACCGACCGAGACCGUCUCCUCCUGGAGGUCAGGAAGUACAACCCCACGUUUGACCGGUGACCACUACACUUCCCCAGCUAGCAGAGGGCGAUGUACUGGCACAGUAUCGAUAAGGGAGUAAAGGAACUAAAUAAAAUGCCUGAACAGCGUGGCUUCACUGGAACCCAGGCUUAUGACAAUUUCUAAAUAACAAAGAAAGUCCAAUUUGAGUCAUUUUGUAUACUCUGAGGUACAUAAAAUGUACUGCUUUUAUUCUACAAUCUAUAUUUUUUGUUUUUGUUGCUGUUCAUAAAAAAAUAUAUAAUAAUAAUAUUUACACCAAGUUUUAGUUUAAACCACCAAAAAACGUUUAGCUUACUCUUGAGCUCCUUAUUGGUGGCCAAUUAUUGUUAGCAAAUCUUAUUAUUUUGAAGAACACGUGUCAAAAUAAGUCUUAAGACUAUAUGCACUAUCUCACUGCCAGAGAACAAUUAGUUUAGUUAUAGAAUAGUCGGUUGAUGUUUUACUCUACAAACGACUGACUGUCAGGCAUGCUGUGUAAAGACCACUAGUGUUGUACGACUUCGUGUGUGAGUUUACAAAAAUCCAUAAGCUUAGUCGCUUGCUAAUGUUAAGUAGAUGAUGUUAAUAUUUAUACAUAACUGUAUGUCUGUAUAGGAAAACCUGGUAAUUUAGAUGCAUUCAUGUAACAUUGUGUUUAGGGCUAUUGUCUGUUAAAGUAGUACUGCAGUUUCUGCAGGAGCAGCGGACAUCGGUGUACCUCCCCCGUUUGGUUGUUAAUGUAUGAGGGACAGGUCUCUCCACAGUUCUCAGACAUCAGGUCAAAACCUAUCAAAAAAGGAUUAGAAAUUGUUGUCACUGUAAACUACAUUAGCAUUAUUGGUUGAAUGUUUGGAUGACACAUGCCUUAUGGUCCUCUGAGGAAAUGCUGUACAACAGUUUUGGUACGUUAUUGGUUGAGUUUUGGUGGGGGUUUACACUGCACCUUAUUCAAACAAUUAGGCAUGAGGGCCGGUGGUAUUCGGCUAAUAUACCACAUCUAAGAACUGUACUCCUUUGGAUUAAAGCCCUCUGCUAAAUGACUACAUUGUAAACAAGGCAGUGUGGAAUGCCUGGAUGCAGUCCUUAGCUGACCAAAUAAGCCCCUUAUUUCGGUAUUGGUUACCAAGGCAAUUCUAAUUGUGAAAAGAAAUGUUGUCAUCUGUGGUUGUCUCCAAUGACUCUACCUUGACUUUGAGCCCAUCAGCAGUUAGGAUUGAAACAACCCUUUUGAUAAUACUUGAUAACCUUUACUCAGCUUUCUGCAUAGUAAAACACGUAAUCACAGACUAAUACCUCACUGUCCACCGUUAUGGUCCAUCCAUAUAGGGGAAUUUGUAUGGGUCAUUCUAUGCCACAUGUUUCAGAUACAGGUACAUAAUAGGGGGUAUGUCCAUCUGGUUAAAAGCACCUGUUUGGAAACCCAGUGUUGAUCAAAUGCAGUGUUAUUAGGAUGUGCACUUCAACGGGAAUGUAACAUUUUACUCUGCAUUGAUAUCUUAUUUUUCAUGAAUUUUGUUAAUAGAACAAUGCUGCCACUAGCCAUCACAAACAAACUGAAGCAGCACAGCCAUCAGAUCAACCAAUGGAGAUAAUGAAUCCGAUUGUGCAAAUAUACACAAGAUUUGUAUUAUUUUAUUUAUCGUAAAACUUACAGGUGCACUAAUGCCAUUAUCUUGUAUUCCGUGUACCUUUCUAUUAUUUUGGAACCGCUUUGAAGCCCUUGUAUUAAUUAGAAUUUUGUGUUAUUUAAUGAUGUGGUAUAAUUCCACAUUUUCUAGCAAUUCUAGAAUGAUUUGAACGUAACUGUUAAAGUACUAAUGUUUAUUAAUUGUACAUUAGUUUUUUGUAAGUGAAAUUUGGCUAAUAUUGCUUAGAUCAGUCACACUCUGCAAAACAAGUCUGAGUGGUGUGAGAACCUCAAAUGAGUGAAGACAGUGUAUGUGGUUGGAUGUUAAGUAACCCUCAUUUAAACUUUUAGCGUCAUUCUCCACUCUUUUGAGUGGAACCUUGAGACCUCUGGUGGCCACAAUAAUAUGCCACUGUAUCAAGCCUCAGGGGCUGUUUCUCUGGUUGCCUUCCAAUAGAAAUGUGUGAAUGACAGUGUUAUACUCCAAUUGGGGGAGGUAGCAUAAAGCAAUAGAACAUCUGUUUUUUUGGCCAUUGCCUGCGGUGAAAUCACAGUAUUUUUAUUUUUUUUAUGCAAAUGUAAGGUCUCCUUGUCCAGCAUGUUUGUAUUGAAAUUCCCUUAAUCUCACUGUUAGUCACUUUGUUACACUAAGUCAUAAGAACUGUUCAAAAAUACACACCGCUCCCCAAUGUUUUUGUGGCUGUUGAUAACAGGAAUGUGACACGCUCAGCUGGAAAGCUGCAGUUACUGUGACUAAACGCAUCUGAAGUCCACCCGUACCCUCCCCUUAGAACCCGCUCUGUCCUCUUGAUCCACAGCAGGGUGCCCACGCUGCCCCAGCCAGCUCCCUCUUCCCACACAGCCUGUCAAUUUAGACUUCCACUGUACCCUUUAACCUGCAGUGGUUACCAAGGCGACACAGGCCUGAGCCAGCCAAUGAGGGCCUCGCAUCAAGAGUGGAUUGGGACAUCCUGACCCCUAACACUGGGUGCUUUUACUUUCAUUUUAGUCUGUAGAAUGACUUUACAGAAGUACUCUUUGUUGUGCAUGUACUGUAUCUUAAAUUAUUUUUUUGCUUUAUGCCUUGUGGACUAUUUGCACAUUUAGGUAUGGUUAUGUUUACUGGAAGUUGCACUUGCUUUAUGUGAAUAACUUUAAAAGGAUCAACCCAGAUAAAAUAAUUUUACAGAUGCAAAUUGUUGGGAGGCUGUCUUCUGACAGUAUUCUAUGUAAUGUUUACGUAACACUUCAAAUUCCACUAGUUUUUUUUUUUUAUCAUCACGUCAUUGAAUAAGACUAAUGUAAACUUGGUUCUGUGAACCAAAUUAGUGUGUGAGAAAAUGAAAAAUGGUUAAACCAACAAAACUGCUGUCGUCAUUUGUGUGCUGUCUAAUACAUUCUCCUAGUGUAGGUUGGAGACAUUUAUAUUGUGCAUAUCUAUUGGCCUGUAAGAACUGGUUUGAAAGUCUAAACACACACACACACACACACA